GUUGUCGAUCGAAAGCAACAUAAUCAAAACAAAACGAAUAUUUGUACUAAAUUUAAGUUUUGUGUACCGAAUCAAAACAAGUUUUUUGUUUCAACUUUAAGAUAAAAUUGUGUGUAUAAAAAAAGUAUCGUUGAAUUGAUUUUCAUUCAUAUUGGUGAACGAACGAUGGCAUCGCCGGAGCGAAAACUGAAGUUAUGUGCAUUACCGACGUGUAAAGGCAAGCGAUAUGAUUUGGUGCAUAAAUUUCCGAUGAAUAAUGAGCGCGCCCAACAAUGGAUUGAUAUUGUGGAUUUGCCGGAAUUAAAAAAUCUGCCAAUCGAUAAAGUUCGAAAAAGGUUUUUCAUAUGCUCGAAACACUUUCGACCUCAAGAUUAUAAAAAUUGCGAAUCAAGGAGCUUGAACACAACCGCAUAUCCACGAUUAUAUCUCAAAGAAACGGAUGAAGAAGCAAACGAAACAGUUUCGUCAUCGAAUAUAAAUACUGACGUAGAUGAAUUGAAUGUACAAGAGUAUGAAUAUGUUGCGCAAGAAACAGCUAUUGAAGUUGAUCCAAUAUCAACUGAAAUACCGAUAAAAUCGGAAACCAAACAACCGCCCAUUCAAUUUGUAGUGUGCUCACAUAAAAAUGAUGUGCCAAUAAUAUUGAGAAGGAAUCGAAUUAAAAAACCAGAAAUCGUUGUUCAGAAAUCAAUUCAAAUCCAAGCGAUACCAAAUUCAAUGAUCGUAAAUGGAUGCACGAAUCAAAUCGACGAAAAUGACACAUUGAAAAAUGGCGAUGCGAACAAUUUCAUUUUAAAACGAAGUGCUAACGUCACCAUUGAACCCGUUUGCAAAAGAAAUCGUUUAAAUGAAAUCGAUGUGAGGAGAACCUAUUGUAAUCCAUCGCAAAUCAAUCAAAAAGAUACGUCCGAAGAGAAAAGUAAAAUGAUCGAAAUUUGUCAUUCGGAUCUUCAAAAUUCGCUUAAAGUGUGCAGUUUUUGGUUACGUGAUCACUGUCGCUGCUCAAUUUGCUACUCUUGUGACACUUUCCAACGAAAGACAAAUAUUAUUGAUAUCCCAUUGGAUAUUGAACCAAUAGACAUAAAAGACGAAAAUAAUCUCAUCCAUGUGACAUGGUCCGACGGACAUGAAUCGAGCUACGAUAUAUUUGAGCUGAAGGAUCGACUAAAUCCCAAACUACAGCCAAUUGUUGAAAAAUGUUUGUGGACAGGCGCUGAAAUUGUUUGCAGUGAUUAUGCGAAUGUUACUCUAAAUGAUUAUUUAUGUAAUGACGAUGUUGCCAAAAAGGUGGUGACCAGUCUCAUCAAAUUCGGAUGUGCUUUCAUAAAAAAUGUUCCGGCCAAUCUACAAAGCACUGACAUCGCCGUUCGACGACUUUUUUCCAUACAAAAAACAAAUUUCGGCGAAAUGUGGUCGUGUUCAGACAAUAAGACACACAACGAUAAUGCCUAUACAACCGAAGCGUUACUUGCCCAUACAGACAACACAUAUUUUACCGAUGCAGCUGCUUUAAAGGUGUUACACUGUACAAAUCGAGAUGGUAGUGGCGGUGAAAGCCUAUUCGUUGAUGGAUUCAAUGUACUUAAACGGUUACGAGAACAAAACCCCGAAACUUAUGAAUAUCUUAGCAAAACAAUCAUUCCGUCGGAAUACAUUGAAGAUGAUUAUCACUUUAAACAUCAUGCACCGGUCAUCAAUAUCGAUCCAUUGACUAAUGAACCAAAUCAAAUUCGAUUCAACAUGAACGAUCGGGCUUUUUUGAACAAUAUUCCACAAGAAGAAAUGCUGACAUUUUAUAAACAUUACAGAAUUAUUGCAAUGGAAAUUCAGCGUGAAGAGAACGAAUGGCGUUUCAUACUCGAACCAGGAACUGUGUGCAUUUUUGAUAAUUGGCGACUGUUACACGGACGCAACGAAUACACGGGUCGACGGCAAAUGGUUGGCUGCUAUGUUUCUCGAAGUGAAUUUUGCAGUGUUUCUCGCCGAUAUGGCAUGAUUUCAUAGUAAACGCCAAAAAUCAUCUUAUUUUAUAAAAUUUGAUAUAUAUACUAUAAAAUUUGUCUACCGUUCUAAACUAAUUAUUGCAUAUAAAAGAAAUUUUUAGUCAACAUUUAUUCCAAGUAAAAUAUUCUUUACAAACAAAUCUGAACUAUAUACCAAAACUAUAUACCAUUUGGGCUUGAUUCCAAUUGAAGCUUUUGGACCCAAAGGAAUGGUUCGUGCCGAAAAUGAGCCACCAAUUCAUUGUGUUGAAACCAUGUAUGGCUAUUAUGGACCAAAUACUGCACCAAUAUGGUAUUCAUUCCCAAGCCGAUUUAGAUUGGCAUAUCAGCAAUAGAUGAAUCACUUCUUUGACGUUGUUCUUGGAAAAUGUGAGCCAAGCGUUAAAUCAAAAGAAACAUUGGCUGUGAGUAAAAUUGCUUCGGCUUGUGAAGAAUCUGCACACACCGGAAAAAUGGUUGAGUUGAAUUGGGCCACUGGUGAACUUCCUGAAAUUCAAUAAAAUUAACAUGCACACAGGCAAGAGAUCUAAAUGCAGUCGAAUCUAACAUAUGCUU